AUUUCUCCUUGAAAUCUCAUCAAUCCCGCCUUCUUCACUCUCAUCAAUACUUUCUCUCUCUAAAAAAUUCUUACUCAACUCUCUCUCUAAAAUCCUUCAUAUUCUCUCUCAUCACCAACAAUGGCACGAACAAAGCAAACCGCCAGAAAGUCCACCGGAGGAAAGGCCCCAAGGAAGCAACUCGCCACCAAGGCAGCCCGGAAGUCAGCCCCAGCCACCGGCGGAGUGAAGAAGCCUCACCGUUUCAGACCCGGAACCGUUGCGCUUCGUGAGAUCAGGAAGUACCAGAAGAGCACUGAGCUUCUCAUCAGGAAGCUUCCAUUCCAGAGACUUGUCAGAGAAAUUGCUCAGGAUUUCAAGACUGAUCUCCGUUUCCAGAGCUCUGCUGUUGCCGCUCUUCAGGAGGCUGCCGAGGCGUACUUGGUUGGUCUCUUUGAGGAUACUAACCUCUGCGCAAUUCACGCUAAGAGGGUUACUAUUAUGCCCAAGGAUAUCCAGCUUGCCCGAAGGAUUCGUGGUGAGAGGGCUUGAUUUCUGGGUUAGGGUUAGGGUUAGGGUUUUAUUUUGUAAUAUGUUGAAGAUCUUUAAUUGAAAGUAGUUUAUUAUCUAUAUUAUGUAGUUAUCGGUGUAAUGUGAUGGUUAGUCAAUAAAUUUAUUGACUGUCUUAAUUUUCUAUAUGAAUAUAUAUGGUUGUUCUGUUUCUCUUGG